AUGAAGGCCUCCAUCAUCCUCACUCUUCCCGUCCUUGCCCUUGCCGCUGCCACUCCUGCCAGGGUUGAGGAGAGACAGGUUGAUCCCCUUGAAUGCCUGGAGGGCAUCGAAGGCCUCCGCAACUGCAUUGACCCUGGCAGACUUGUCACCAACCCCCUUCUUGUCUUCACCAUCGCCCGAUGUAGUCUUCCGCCUAGACUUCUCGGGGCAGUCACUGGGUGUCUUAGUGGUCUGCCUAUUCCUGUCAAGGAAUAG